CACUACUAAUAAACAAAUCUGGCAACGUUGCAACAAAAUAAAAAUGACAGCUAAAAGUGGUUGCGUUUACAACACAUAUAAAAAGGGGAAAAUUUAAAAUAUCAAUUUUAGUACAAGUUUGUUUUGAGCGCGAUUGUUUGUAAAUUAAUAAUUAAUUUUCCGGUUAAUUAUGUGUGGAAUAUUUGCAUACUUGAACUACCUCACCCCAAAGAAGAGGUCAGAAAUUUUGGAAUUGCUGGUCAACGGACUGAAACGAUUGGAAUAUCGUGGCUACGAUUCUGCAGGUGUCGCCGUUGAUGCCGCCAACGAAAAGGACAUUACACUGAUCAAGAAAACCGGAAAGGUUGCGCUCUUGGAACAGGCCAUCAAAGAAGUAAGCGACACCCUGGAAAUCAAAAGCUGCGUUGAAACUCAUUGCGGCAUCGCCCAUACCCGUUGGGCCACUCACGGUGUACCCAGCGAAGUCAAUUCCCAUCCCCACAGGUCAGACACUGAAAACUCCUUUGUGGUGGUCCACAACGGCAUCAUCACCAACUACAAAGAAGUCAAAUUUUUCCUGGAACAAAAAGGCUACCGGUUCGAGAGCGAAACCGACACGGAAAUCAUUGCCAAAUUGAUUUUCCACUUUUACAAAACCCACCCGAAUUUCUCCUUUAGAGAACUUGUAGAAAAUGUUGUGCAGCAAUUGGAAGGGGCUUUCGCCCUUUGCUUCAAAUCUAAACAUUUCCAAGGAGAAUGUGUGGCUACAAGAAGGGGCUCGCCUCUUUUGGUCGGUAUCAAGACUAAAACUCGCUUGGCAACUGAUCACAUUCCGAUUUUGUAUGGAAAAGACGAACCUCCGCUCUCACCCAAAGACGCUGAAACCGAUCCAGAUCAUAGACCUCAUGGCCGCUCAGAAUUCCCCAGCCUACCAAGAACAGGUUCCACUGAAUUCGAACCCUUAGAAGACAAACAAGUGGAAUAUUUCUUUGCUUCAGAUGCUUCUGCCAUUAUUGAGCACACCAAUCGUGUCAUUUAUUUCGAGGACGAUGAUAUUGCUGCAGUCAGAAAUGGUAUUCUGAGCAUCCACAGGCUCAGACGCGUUGGAUCAGAUGAUCCAACCAACCGCGAAAUUACCACCUUAAAAAUGGAGUUGCAACAAAUCAUGAAGGGCAACUAUGAUUAUUAUAUGCAAAAGGAAAUUUUUGAACAGCCAGAAUCGGUUGUAAACACAAUGAGAGGGCGUGUCAACUUUGAAACAAGAUCGGUUACUUUGGGAGGAAUCAAGGAACAUAUUCCUGAAAUCAAGAGAUGUAGGAGGUUGAUGUUGAUUGGAUGUGGUACUUCGUAUCACAGUGCGAUUGCUACACGUCAGCUUUUGGAGGAGCUUACUGAAUUGCCUGUCAUGGUCGAACUGGCUAGUGACUUUUUGGACAGGACUACGCCUGUGUUUAGGGACGAUGUGUGUUUCUUUAUUUCACAAUCAGGUGAAACCGCUGAUACCCUAAUGGCGCUGCGCUACUGCAAACAACGCGGCGCUUUAAUAGUAGGCAUAACCAACACAGUGGGCAGCUCAAUAUGUCGUGAAUCCCACUGUGGGGUGCACAUCAACGCUGGACCCGAAAUCGGCGUUGCCUCAACCAAAGCAUACACCAGCCAGUUCAUAUCUUUGGUAAUGUUUGCGCUGGUAAUGAGCGAAGAUAGGCUGAGCUUGAAAAAACGCCGCGAAGAAAUCAUCGAGGCGUUGAAGCACUUGCAAGAACAAAUCCGCGAAGUGCUUAAACUGGACGACAGAGUCAAAGCUUUAGCUGAAGAUUUGUACAAUAAAAAAUCUUUGCUUAUUAUGGGCAGGGGAUUCAAUUUUGCUACUUGUUUAGAAGGGGCCUUGAAAGUAAAAGAACUAACCUAUAUGCACAGUGAAGGUAUUAUGGCAGGCGAACUCAAACAUGGUCCUUUGGCCCUUAUUGACACCCACAUGCCUGUAAUGAUGAUAGUGAUGCGAGAUCCUGUCUACAAUAAAUGCAUGAACGCUCUUCAACAAGUAAAAUCGCGCGAUGGUAAUCCAAUAAUCAUUUGCGAAAAGGGCGAUAAGGAAACGAUGGACAUGGCAAGUCAAUAUUUGGAGGUUCCCAAAACUGUUGACUGUCUACAGGGUAUUUUGACUGUCAUCCCGAUGCAAUUGUUGUCGUUCCAUAUUGCGGUUAGGCGAGGUUGCAACGUGGAUUGUCCAAGGAAUUUGGCCAAGAGUGUCACUGUAGAGUAACUCUUUUGACAAGGCAAUUUUUAUUUUGGGACCACUUUAUUAAGAGAAUUUUGUUUGACUAUAAUGCAAGAUUAAUUUUAUUUUUUUAUUGUAUCAGAUCUCUUAUUCCAAUAUUUAGUAUUAUCCAUUAUUUUUGUGUACUUAUUCCAAUACAUCAUUAUCAGUGCAAUAUUAGUUGUUUAAGUGAAAUUGCGAAAUUUAUAUGUAUUUAUGUUUUAUUUUUUUUUGUUCCUGCUUUUAUUUUUUUGUUUUAUUUUUAUUUCUAUA